AUGACGGGCCCAGACCGGGCUUUGCUCAAUCGACGCUCCUCAACGCAACAUUACCAGACCUUCGAUACCCCGCCGCCCAAGUCGCGUGGUCGACCGAAUUCGGGCCAGUCCGAGUCCUCGGCCGAUGGAUCCCACGAUCUCCACCAUGAACCCGUUGAUCCCCCAGGGACAUCGUCGCCUCUGCCAAAAAGGCAGAUGGCUGUGCUGGCCAUGAUCGCCUUGGCCGAACAAACGGCAUUGAACUCCAUUAGUCCAUAUCUCCCCGAUAUGGCUUCGACGUUCCCCGAGGUGGAACCGUCUCAGGUCGGUGUAUAUGUGGGGACCAUUGCUUCGGCUUUUGCCUUGGCUCAGUUUGCCACGAACUAUUUCUGGGGUUGGUUAUCGGACCGCAUUGGUCGCAAGCCGGUUAUCUUGCUAGGAACUUUGUUGACGGCACUGUGUUUCGUUGCGUUUGGGUUUUGUAGGACGCUCGGACAGGCUAUCGCGGUGCAGGCCUUGAUGGGUGUGGUCAACGGCAACCAGGGCCUGGUUUCCACUUGCCUCGGAGAAAUCACCGACCGAAGCAACCAAUCCCAGGCUUUUACUUAUCUUCCCGUGCUAUAUGGCAUCGGAGGUAUCACGGGCCCUCUCUUGGGAGGACUUUUGAUUUUUGAGACAAAUCCUUUCACCGGUAACAAGAACCCAUACCCAUAUCUUGCACCGAAUAUUCUAUCAGCGGUUGUCCUUCUGGUGGACUUUGCCUUAACGGCCCUCUUCUUGGAAGAGAGCCUGGAAGACGCAGAAAGUCUUCCUAGGAUUGGGAGAAAGGUGCGCAGCCUAUUCGCCUGGUUAUGGCAGUUUACCGGUGAUUCGCGUCAUCCAACCUAUGUUGCGGCCGCACCCGGGCCAUAUCCGCCCGGCCACCACGACUCAGAGGUUGAAGAUCAUGACAGUGAUCUAGACUCUGCAUCUGAGGUGUCAAGCUUACUUGGUCACCAUGAGGAGCUUAGUUGGGAUGAAAUCUUCACUCGGGACACAGUCUUGCUUCUCUUGACAUACCUGAUCUUCGCGUUCUGCAAUGUCUCGUUCAACUCGCUGUUCCCCAUUUUUGCGCAAGCCAAGCCUCCCGCUGGACGGUCACUUACACCGUCUGAGAUUGGCCUUUCCCAAGGGUUUGCCGGUAUUGUGACUAUCAUCUUUCAAAUUUGUAUCUUCAAUCGCCUGCGCGAUAAGAUGGGCAACCGAUGGUCCUAUCGCGCAGGGCUCUUUGGCUUUGUUGUCUCGUUCAUUUUGAUGCCCUUCAUUGGUUAUAAGAGCCGGUCAACCGAUGAUCUGACCGGCAAGUCGGUACUCAUGGCCAUUGAAUUGUGCCUCGUGUUGCUGGUCAAGACCAUUGCCUCUGUGGGUGGUUUGACCAGCGCCUUGCUCUUGGUAAGCAAUGUUUAUAGUUCCUACAAGUCUCUCACAACUAACCCACAUAUCCAGAUCACCAAUUCCGCACCAAAUCAUGCCGUCCUUGGCGCCCUCAACGGUCUUGCACAGACCCUUUCCGCGGCCGGACGUGCUGUAGGCCCAUUCCUAUCCGGAGGACUUUUCUCCCUCACCUCUAAGAUCCAACCCAAGGGAGAGGCUCUGGCAUUUGGAGUCUUCGGCGCUGUCUCGUUCAUCGGGUUCGUCAUGAGUUUCGGUAUUCGCGGCCGGUCCCUCGAAGCAGAAGGCUGGGGCGAGGAUAGUGAGGAUGGCGACAAGUCGGACGACGAAGAGACGAAUGGUGCUUGA